AUGGCGGGGGCCGCCGGGGCGGUCGAGAGCGCGGCGGCAGCAGCGCUACGGGCCGUGCUGCAGCGAGUGGCGCAGGCAGCAGAACGGGCUGGCAGGAACGCUGGGCAGAGGCAACAGCAGCCGCCCUGCCGUGCAGGUGCUGCAGCGAGUGGCGCAGGCAGCAGAACGGGCUGGCAGGAACGCCGGGCAGGUGAGUUAGUGGGCGGUGUGAUAGUGGGUGGUGUGAUAGUGGGUGGUGUGAUAGUGGGUGGUGUGAUAGUGGGUGGUGUGAUAGCGUGUGGGGUGAUAGUGGGUGGUGAGAUAGCGUCUGGGGUGAUAGCAUGUGGAACGGAAGGGGUUAUUCGGCAAUCCAUGUGCAGAGGCAACAGCAGCAGCCCAUGCAUGCAGGUGCUGCAGCGAGUGGCGCAGGCAGGCAAGCAGCAGAACGUGCCGACAGGAACGCAGGGCGGGUGUGGAUGGGGUGUGAGCAAGACCAAGCCUGUGUCGCUGCUUCGGGAGGUGUACGACGCGGGGCAGAGGCACUUUGGGGAGAACUACGUGCAGGAGAUAAUUGACAAGGCGCCUCAGGUGGGCCUCAGGCGGGCCUCAGGUGGGCCUCAGGUGGGCCUCAGGUGGCCCUCAGCUGAGCCUGAGCUCCCAUCAGACACCAAGUGGCAUUUCAUCGGGCACCUUCAGAGCAACAAGGCCAAGAGUCUCGUGUAUCGCCAACUAUCUGAACAAGGCCGUGGCAGCAGCACGGCGGUCGCCUCCCUAGGAGGCGAUCUCAUCGCCUGCCUAGGAGGCGAUCUCAUCUCCUGCCUAGGAGGCGACUGCCCUGCGCCUGCCGUGUUAUCUACUUCUCCUGCAGAACAACAGGUCGUUUUUGAGGCGCCUCAAAAACGACCUCAUCGCCUGCCUAGGAGGUGUGUUUUCUACUUCUCCUGCAGAACAACAGUUCAACCCAAACCCCUGCUACUCCUCUCCUCCCCCCUCUCCCUCUCGCCACCCUCCUCUCCCCUUCAGAUCGCCAAUUAUCUCAACAAGGCCGUGGCAGCAGCAGGGAGGCCGCCCUUGCGUGUGCUGGUGCAGGUCAACACAAGCGGCGAGGAGAGCAAGCACGGAGUGCAUCGAUCGGCCUGUGUGGAUCUGGUGCGGCAUGUCACAGCGGAGUGCCCCAACCUCGCCUUCUCAGGGCUCACGACCAUUGGCAUGCCUGACUACUCCACUUCUCUCUUUACCCUCUUCCCACCUACCACACUCCCACCAGGCAAGCACGGAGUGCAUCCAUCAGCGUGUGUCGACCUUGUGCGGCACGUCACAGCUGAGUGUCCCAACCUCGCCUUCGCAGGGCUCAUGACCAUUGGCAUGCCUGACUACUCCUCCCGCCCGGAGAACUUUGAGUGCGCGCUGUUUGUCUUGCUCAUGGCGCUUGCCAGGUGUCGAACGGAGGUGUGUGAGCAGCUAGGUCUCGCCCCAGGCGAGUUGGAGCUAUCCAUGGGAAUGUCCAACGACUUUGAGCAGGCGGUGAGUUGCUCCUUUGAGGUUGUAAUGGCACAUGGGCAGUCUCGAUCCAAGCCUGGAACUUGCGAAUGUAGGCCGCUCAUGUGUGUCACCCCAGGCGAGUUGGGAAUGUCCAACGACUUUGAGCAGGUGGUGAGUGCCGGUGCAUUGAGGUUUGAGCAGGUGCUGAGUGAUGCAUUGAGGUUUGAGCAGGUGCUGAGUGAUGCAUUGAGGUUGUAA